AUGGUCGAUCGUAACCGUUUCGAAAUUUUGGAAGAAAACAUCGAAAGUAUUAUUGAUCAUUGUAGAGAGGCUGGAAUUGUUGUUUGUGACUAUCAACCAAGUGUGUCGUUUCAGAAAAAGAUCAAUGAUCUAGUGUAUAAAUUACAGGAUGUGGAUCGUAUGCAAGUUGAAAUGCAAGAUGUACAUGUUCCUAUUGAAUUAUUUUCCAAAAUCGAUGCUGGUCAAAACCCUCAGUUGUACACUCGUGAGUGCAUGGAACAAGCACUAGCCAAGAAUGAGGCAGUCCGUGGAAAAUUAGACAGCCUUCGUCGUUUCCGAAUGUUACUUAUGUCCGAAUUGUCUCGUCAAUUUCCAAAUGAAAUGGCUAAAUAUCGAGCUGUACGUGGUGAUCCUGAAGCUCCGACACUUGGUCCUGCAAUGUCCAGUAACUCUCAAUCAAAUGGAUCUGGUACUGAGACUGGUCCAGAAUCCGUUUCACUUAGAUAG